AUUUGUAACAACGUUCAACAAGCACGGAUCUUCUCAUAUGUGCACACAAAGCAGUUUUCGACUUUGUGGUGGACUUUUGAAGAACGUUCGCGCGUUUGCUAGUAAUGUUCCCACCCACUUGAACCAAAAACUGUUGGAAGACGUUGAGAAGAACUUUUGGAAUACUCCUUUGUCACAGGUGAUGAGUGACAAACCGAGAGAAGCAUAUAUUGUAGAAGGAGACGUGUUAGUAUUGGACGCCUUACAACAAAUGAUCGCAAACAAUAUAGAGUCGAUUCAAGUAGUUGCUUCGAAGACUCCAGAAUCUCCUCGAUUGGGAGUUUUUAAUGAAAGAUACUUUCUCCGUUUACUUGUUUCACAAGACAGUUUUGAGUUACAACAUCAGAAACUCAAAGAGGUUGUCCAGAAGCAGAGUCACGACAUAGUCUGUGGACUAUACGAAUCUGUCAAGGACAGUGUAUAUCUUAUGGAGAAACACAAGGUACAUCAUAUACCUUUGGUAUUGAGAGCAAAUCAACCAUUAGAAAAUAUCAUGAACAGAGACUGUGCUCAAAUACUUUCAGCCAGCGACUUGCUAAAUUUUCUCUUAUCUCAUGGUUCCUUGGAAACCCUUGGUUGGUUUGAACUUGUUGCUGUCAGGGAUAUUCUAGAGUCCAUGAAUAGAGAGGCUCAAAACACGUAUCACCUUGUAGCCGUCGAUGUGAGAGAAUCUUUGGCUGAUGCAUGUAAGAGAAUGUUGGAUAGAAAAGUGGGUUGUGUCGUAUUGGGUACUUGGGAAGAAACCAAUCCCUUGAAACCCUAUCCUAAUUAUUGCACUGUUGUUACACAGAGAGAUAUUAUUGUGCAAUACUUAAAGAAUGGUGAAAAGGCAUUAUACUUGCCAAUAGCAGAGGCAGUGUCAACUAAACCAGUGAGAGUAUCAUCGCCAAACUAUACGGUAUUCCAAGUAUUGGAAAUGAUGUAUGAAGAUGAUAGCCGAUACUCUCCUGUCUUUUCAACUGAGGAAGGAGACUCACAGGACUUGACGAGCACUUGUUUGGCGCUGCUUUCUACAAGAGAUAUACUCACACAUUCUCUACUGAUGCUUCCAAGUAAAUGAAUAAUGCUUAUAAGAUGGUCAAGCUGUGCGACCUU